GACGAGGGAUGCACGUCCCCUCGGUCGCCGCCGCUGGGGAGCGCGGAGAUGGCCGAACGCUCCAAUUCCUUCACACACCCCCUGGGGCCCCAGAUAAUAAAAGUUUUGCGGGAGCCUGGGCAGAAGCAGGGGUACGCGGAGCCAGGCGACGCGGCACGAUAGGCGCUGAGCCGCAGGCGGCCGGCUGGGCUCUGCCAGCCUCUCCCAGGCACCUUCCGGCUCGACUCGGCUCGGCUCGGCUUCACUCGCGCGUUCCCUCCUCGCCUCCCGGCUCGCGCGCGCUCCGCCCCGCGCGCGCUCGCCCCACCCCGUCCCGCCCCUUGAGUCCAGACUUGACACCCCGAGGUGUUCCCACCGAGCUGUCAAAGGCUGAGCAAGUUCCGCGGCUGUCAGUUCUCGCUUGCAGCCCUGGGCUGUCCAGGCCACCUUAGGGGGAGAAAAGACAGAGGUCCCGCUGCCUAGCUCUUGCGGAUGGUCGUCCCUUCCCCCUGCGCCGGCUCCUAAGCCAAGCUAAUCCCGACCCACGUAGUGUUGGCGUUGGUUUUCCAGGAACCUCUGGUGCUCACUAGGAAGCCGAGAGCCGCACGUGCGUGUUCCCCCCUUCGGCAGCUGCACGAUAGUGCGGUCCCCGCUUCGCAGGCCUAAGGCAAGCGAGAAGGGACGCACUUCUCCCGGCUCGCAAAGCGAUGCAGGGAGGCUAUCGGGCCGCGGGGCGCAGUCUCGGCAUUCAGCCACAAAGGCCUGCCCGGAUCUCUUGAGAGUCUGAGAGCGAGCCUGGGGUCUAGCAGCCUUGUCCCUCCCGAGAGCAGCAGAAUGGUGGACUCAACAGAAUGACUUCUGUUUCCCCAAGGAAGUGCACUCUGACGAUAACUUCGGGAGGGACAAAGAGGGCCGCUCUUUAUGAGAGCUGCCACAGCCCCUGGAGCAGGGGACUCAGUGGCCACCAAGGCCUUCCCUGCUCGCGGCCUUUCCACGAGGAGGCACUAAGCUUCCGAUGGGGGCUCCAGGGCGCUCCUGACUCUUCUACGGGGCGAGGGCUCUGACUCUGCAGUUGAGGUUUGAAGGCCCUUUGGAAGCUCGGAAGUGGCGGCCUCCUACCACCUCCUCGGUCAACGCAGGAAGAAGGCGCAGUGGGGGCGGGAAUCGAGAUGAGCGGAGAGGAGCCGCCACGGAGAAGAGUGCGGGCUUGCAGGAGCCGCCCGGGAUAACUCGAACUGUGGGCAGGCAGGUGCCGGUGGGCCUUGAAGGUGAGAAAGCACGAGAAAAGAACAAUGUCCGCUUCAGCUUAGAAUACGUUAACAAUGAGCUUUAAAGGAAAAUACUCAUUCUUAUUACCCCUGUUCAGGAAAGAGAGUGCUGAUCUGCCUCUUCCAGUCCGCUGGGCUGGAGAUCAGAGAGGCUGCCUGAUCCCAGCCAAUCCAGUGUCUGUCCCGCAACAAACCCUUCUUCCUUGGUAUGGUCCCCAUUCCUUUCCUCAAAAUAAUAAAUAAAUAACAAGAAGUCCUGGAAGGAAAUACACUAAAAUGUUCCCAGUGGUUAAUCAUUCAUGCAGUAGUAGAUUAUAUGCAGCUUUCAUUUUCUGCUUUAGACUUCUAUUUUCCACAACUUUUCUAAAGUUUCUACAAAAGCCGUAGAUCUCCACUACA